UGUUGGUCCAAAUGCUUAGAAUGGAGUUAAUACGGUAGUAUAUUAUUUUAUCUCAACUACAAAAUUUUUCGCCGAAAUUUUUUAUUGAAAUUAUUCACUGCCGUCAAGAUGCAGCCUCCGCCAAGAAAGGGUAAAGUAACAACCCUUUUAAAAAAUGCACACAGUGAACAAUUGGUCAAAUUGCAAAUGAAACAUCAGCAAGAUUCUGAUUUCUUAGAUGAUAUUAGGAAUUUUACUAAAAUGAGAGCAAUCAUUGAAAAAGAUUAUGCUCAGGCUUUGCUGAAGCUUUCUACUUCACAUCUACAGAAAAAGGCACCAGUAGUUGCUGAUGGAAAAGCUGAGGAUGGGCAGUCGUAUAAGACUGUCUACAGUGUGUGGAAAACCAUGUUAGAUGAAACUGAAAAAAUAGCAAAAGCGAGGCUUGCAGCAACGGAAGUAUAUCAGCAACAAGUAUCUGAAGGAGCUAAAUCUUUGCGAUUAUACAAAUUACAAGUGGCAAAAAAGUGUUUUGAAAACUUGAAAAAAAUGCAUGAGGAAAUACAAACAUGUGUUACAGAAAUAGAAAAGACCAAAAAACUUUAUUUUGAAGAAGAACAUAUGGCACAUGAAGCUAGAGAGAAAGCUCAUGAUGCAGAUGAAAAACUUAAAAGGAAAAAGGGACGAAUAUUUCAGUCAAUUUCUUCCUUGCAAAAAAAUAGCGCUAAGUUUUCAUUUCGGCGAGAAGCAUGCGACAUUCAAGCAACCAAAGCAAGAAAUGAUUACAUAUUGGCUCUUUUAGCUGCAAAUGCUCAUCAGACUAAAUUUUACGAAAGUGAUAUUCCUGAAUUAGUACAGUACAUUGAUUGUGACAUUUAUGAUAAAGUACAGGAAUACAUAUUACUCAUUGCUCGUACUGAGUUGUUGACAUGUGCUGCUUGCCAGUCAUCCUUCAGUAUAGUACAGGAACAGGCUAAUAUGGCUUCAAAACAGUUCACAAUGGAAUAUUUCUUUCGAGAUAAUCCUGUUUUGUCAACACCUAUAUUAUAUGAAUUUGAACCUUGUGACAAUGAUAAAAUAAACAAAUUGUCUAUUGAGCAUAAUGCUGCAUUGUGUUUAAGUAAAGAAGCAAGACGUUGGGUUAGUUGUGUUGCUAAAGAAGUCAGAGUUAUAAGAGACAGUCAAGAAGAGCUAAAGAAACUGCUUGCUCAAAUUGGAGAUAAACCACCUUAUGCUCUUCAAAGUGAUCAGAUUGGUCCGCAGGCUGAAUUAGAAGCUAGAAUUGAUGAAUUGAGACAGAUUAUUCGAAGAGCUCAGACUAGUAAGAAAAAAGCUGAAGCCCGUUUGGAAGCAAUGAAAGAAGCUGGAGUUAAUGUUGAAGAAUGGGUUAGGACAUCAGAUACUGAAUCUGUGAGUGCUUCCGAUUCACCAGCAGAAAAUUUCAGCAGAUCUGGAACUGUGACAUCUAGAAGUAGUCGUCAGUCAGAGACAUUUGAAGGAAGCAUUGAGGCAAGUGAUGCUGCAUUUUAUGAUAGUGAUUCUGCUCAAGAACAGCAAAAUGUAUCUAUAGAUGCUGGACAAGAAUCUCCAUAUGUACCAGAUUUGACUUCAGCAGUUGAUGUCGUUGCUGCGGUUCAAGAGGCAUGGGAUGCUGCUGCUGAAACAGAGGAAAUUGAGGAACCAGAACCUGUCGAAACCAAGCCUGUUGAGUCUCAAGAAACUCUGGUAAAUGGAGAAGUACCUACGGCCGUUGCUGCUGGUCAGCGAUGUGUAGCUGUGUUUUCUUAUGAGGCUGCAAAUAGUGAUGAACUAAGUUUUGUUGAGCAAGAAGAGCUGGAGCUGAUUGGUGAAGGUGAUGGAGAUGGUUGGGUUAUGGCUAGAAAUUACCGAGGAGAGGAAGGUUAUAUACCUCAAAAUUACGUAGAGAUUAUUGAACCUGUUUCCAAUGAGCCAUCGUCACGACCACCUUUAACAUCAUUCUCAUCUGUUGAUUAUACUAUGCCAAAUGAAGAACAAGAGCCGAGUGCUGAAAUUUCACCUGCAGCAGGUAAUAUUUUUUACAUUCUGUUAUUAUAGUAAAUGUUUAUUUAUUUUAACUC